AUGGCGCAGGGAGUGUGGGCCGCCCCGCCGACGGAGAGCCGCGCCAUCCUCGCCCUUGCCACGGACGCGGGCCGCGUUGCUGCUGCCAGGCCACCGCGCGGCGAGCAGCGAGCAGGGCGAGCCAUGGAGUGCAAAGACUACUCCCACUCCCCCUGUCAACUCCACACCACAGCCCAUUCCUACUCCCCCUGUCACCCCCACUCCUACUCCCACUCCCCCUGUCACCCCCACACCACAGCCCACUCACUCCCCACUCCCACUCCCCCUGUCAACUCCACACCACAGCCCAUUCCUACUCCCCCUGUCACCCCCACUCCUACUCCCACUCCCCCUGUCACCCCCGCACCACAGCCCACUCACUCCCCACUCCCACUCCCCAACGCCAAACGCCAGGAGAAAUUCUCUGCAACCCCCGACCCCGUAGCCCCGACCUUCGGCCCCAGCCACUCCCCAACCCCUGACAUCCAACUUACAACCCCGCGCCCCCAGCCCCCCGUCCGCUGCCCCCCUCCCCCCACUGUGUUAGCCAAUCCACAAGUGCUCCCAUCGCACUUGACUUUUACGGCACGCAGGCUCCCAGGCCAGCAACAUCCAUCGGGCAGCCCAUAA